AUGCAUUAACAAAAGAAUAAUUAUACUUAAAGUUAAAUUUAGUUCGUAAAAAUUGCAUCCAAAAAAUAGCGAGAAUGGUGUUAAGCUAUUGCUAUUAAUGAUGAUUGCUCUCUACUUUUCAUUGGGUUUAAAUCAUCAAUAAAAGUUUUUGGAUUCGAUUAAGAAUAUCUAAAGCAAAUAGUAAUUCUAAAUCAUCAUACUAAUUAUAUAACUGACCUGAAAAUAUGUAAAUCUAAAUAGAAUUAAUUUCUCAUAUCAGCAUCAGAUGAUAAAACAAUCAUAAUCUGGACAUAAUUAGGUUCAUCAUUAUAAAAUCCUUCUUGGAGUUGUUAUUAGAGAUUAUAUGGACAUGAGAAUACGAUCAAUUGCUUAGUAGUUUUGGAAAACACAGAAUACAUCAUCUCAGGUAGUUCAGAUUGUUCAAUCAAAUUUUGGAGUAAUUCCACUUAAACUUCUAAUAAAUAAUGGUCUUGCUCUUAAACCAUUCACAAUCAUACAUCUGAGAUUUGGGCAUUAUCAAUUAAUUAAUCUGAAGAUACUUUAAUAUCAAAUGGGGAAGAUAUGAUAAUAUUAGUUAUAGAAUAAAAUUCAUAAAUUUGGAUUGUGAAAUAGAAGAUUCAAGUUUAAGAAUUAGGUUAUAGAGUUUGUUUCAUAGGGAACAAUCUUUUCUGUUUUCAACCUAUGCGUGAAAAUUUAUUGCAUAUAUAUGAAAAAGAUAAAAACCAAAAAUUUAUUUAGACAAAAUAAAUCAAAGUAGAAGGUGGUGAGUAUUAUUGUAAACCAUAUUUUCAAUCAACUUAUAUUAAUGAAAAAUGCCUUUUAAUAAUUAAGAAUGGCUGUAAAAUCAAUAUUUUCAGGAUUCUUAGUAAUGAUGAUGAAUAGAUAGAUACAUAAUUUUUUUUAUAAUAAGUAAUUGAUUUUGGAACAACAGAUGGUUGGGGAUAACUUUAUGGAUCAAUAAAUGAAAAUGGAGAAUAUUUAGUAACAUGGGAUUACAAAUCAGAAGAGAUUUAAAUUAGAUAAUUAAAAGGAAUAAAUUAAUUAUGA